ACAAGGAACUACUGUUCAUCCAUGGCAAAAUGACUUAUUAGGUUUAAACCAAAUGGAAAAGGUUUAAACAAGAAUAAGAGUAAUGACAAACAAACACUUUUACACGACAGAAACAGUUGAAUCUUAAAAACACUUUAUUAUGAAGAACAAAGGUUACAAUGAUAUUCAGAUGAAAUAUGCAGAGACUUUACAAUCUAUUUAAGUUUCUUAACAGUCAUUCAACGAUUCUGACAAGUAGAAUGAUAGCGCCUGCUGCCCCAUAAACUGUCUUGAAUCUUCUAUUCAAUUGUCAUUCAAGUACAGAGGGAGAGAACUUUUGGUAUGGCUUUUUCUUUUUCUUCUCCUUUUGUUUCCUCUUCCCCUUCGCCUUCUCCUUCUCCAUCCCCCAGUUGGCAUUACAGUUCCAGGAGGGCUAUUUUUGUGGAUAAUGCACUGUUCAUACUCUCUGUGGUUCUCUUCACAAUGGCUCUUCUUGCCGCCGCCUUCACAAUAUUCGUUCUCUGCUUGAAACGACUCUGUCGUCAUCGACCGCCAUUAGAAAACAGUGGAGACUCUGUCGACCUUCCACGUCUACCCCAGGAAAAGCCAGUUGCAGAAAGUUUUCCUGUGUUUGUAUAUGAGUCUGAGAAUUACAGUGAGCGAGGAUUCGAGUGUGCGGUUUGUUUGUGUGAAUUUGAAGAAAGAGAGAAGGGAAGAACUCUGCCUGCGUGUAAGCACAGCUUUCAUGUCGACUGCAUCGACAAAUGGCUCAACUCGCAUUCGACUUGCCCGAUUUGUCGAGCCACCACCGGAGUCGACAGGCCAUUAUCACAGUAGAGAGAUGAACCAAAGUUUUCCGACAUGUAUUAGAUGUAAAUUGUUGAGGGCAGCAUGAUGUAAGCCCCUGACAUCCCAUGUGUAAUUCAUAAAUACUAUCAGGUGCACUUUCUGGGUUGCAUGAUUAUGUCGAUAUGUAAAUGUAACACUAGCAAUUACAUUUUCUGGUUGCAAUGAUUAGGUCUAUAUGUAAAUGCAACACUAGCAAUUGCACUUUCUGGUGUUACAAUGAUUAGGUCGAUAUGUAAAUGUAAUCUGCACAUCUAAUAUAAAGUAAUUACAUAUUGAUUUGAGAAAUAUAAA